AUGUCAACGACGGAUGAAGAAAUUACAGCCGUGUCUAAUAUAGAAAAUGCGAAAAUAUCCGAUGGCACAAGUACAGCUGGUGAACACAAUAAAGAUGUUCUAAAUACCACUGAGUCCGAAGAACAAUUGCAGGAGGUUGAAUCUCUCGCCGAAAAUGACACAAAAGCUGAGAGUUAUGACAAUCGAGAAGAUGAACUAGUCGAUGAUUCGAACAAAGAAGAUCAUUGUGCAGUUACACCAAAGAAAAAGUUGAAAAUAAUCGAAUCGUAUACUGAAGAGGCAGAUGCCAAAGGAUUGAAAGAAGAACUAAUCCUGUUAUAG